UCCUCCGCCCUGAAUUCAUGGCCCAGUGUCUUCUGUGGCUGGGCCUUGCCCUGUGGGGGGCCCUGCACACCCAGGCCCAGGACUCCACCCCAAACCUGAUCCCAGCCCCACCUCUGCUAAGGGUCCCUCUGCAGCCUGACUUCCAGGAUGACCAGUUCCAGGGAAAAUGGUACGUCUUAGGAGUGGCAGGGAACGCAUUUAACAGAGAAACACACAGCCAGCUGAAGAUGUAUGCCACCACCUACAAGCUGAAUGAAGACGGCAGCUACAAUGUCACCUCUACCCUGCUACGGAACCAGCGCUGUGACCACUGGAUCAGAACAUUUGUCCCAAGUUUCCAGCCAGGACAAUUCAACCUGGGCAACAUUAAGCGUUACCCUGGAAUACAGAGCUACACGGUACGAGUGGUGACCACAGACUACAACAAAGUUGCCACGGUGUUCUUCAAGAAAGUUUACAAAAACCAGGAGUUCUUCAAGAUCACCCUCUAUGGGAGGACCAAGGAGCUGACUCCUGAGCUGAAGGAGAACUUCAUCGGCUUCGCCAAAUCCCUGGGCCUCACCGAUGAGCACAUCGUCUUCCCUAUCCCCAAUGGUAAUCACCAGCUGGGGAGAGAAGGCCGAUGGGGACUGUCCAGGCCUGAUGUUGCCUAACCAGGGAAGAGGGGAGAGGAGGGACGCUGGCCCCGGCUGUGGUCACUGGAGCCCCAGGAGCCACUUUGGGUUCAGGAAGACCCUGCCACAACACAAGGGCUCUGGGCCCCAAGUGUUCCUCUUUCACGAUAGCUCAGGCCUGCCCACGUGAGCACUGCACACCUGGGGCCACGUUUCCUCAGUCUCCUUGCCUGGCCACCUCCCCCUCCAUCCAGGCCUGUUUCUCCUGGGCCCCCUCCCCUUUUGUCCUGGGCCUGGCUCACCACUGACUUGGGAGGCACCCUUGUCCUCAGGCAGCCUGGCCUGGGCAGGUGCCUCCCCAAGGCUGAGGGGCUGUCAGGGCUCAGCA